UGUCAUAUUUAUUUGUAAAAUUAUUUUUUAGAGCAAGUUGCAGCCUAUUCUAAUAUAAUUCACCUGAAUUACCCUUAGUAGCAAUAAUAAGGGUAAGCCUUUAAAGUCUGUAUCCAAAAUGGAGGAGGGUGUUCACCAGGCCUUCUCCUUGCUGUUCUAGUCUGUGUCUUUGAAUAUGAAGACUGUCAGAAGGCAUUCAGUCUCCCAGUCUCUGGAACUGGCAAAUGCCCCUAGGAGAACAGUGGUCCCAAAUUCCAGUCUCUCUUUCUGCGUUCACAUCUUCCCUUGUUCCCAUUUCAGUAAAUAUUUAUUCUCUCGUUAGUUUUCCAGUGUCUUCAAGCAGAUUUUUAAAACAUAUGUCCAGAUUUUCUUGUCCUAGGCAGAAAGCAUGAUCUAAAUUACCUAGUCCUUUAUUACUGGAAGUGAAGGCUAUCUUCAGAUUUCUUGGUAUAAGAGAUUGGUAAAACACUUCCCACAGCGUUUAAGCUAAUUGGGAUUUUUGUUUUUUGCUAAAAGCCUCCUUAUAUAAUUAGCAUGAAAUUUAGAAGUUGUUUCUUUGUAAGCUUGAAUAUAGAAUUGUGGAACCACUUUUGAAGUUCAGAGAAAGACUUAUGUUUUAUGAGGCCUUUCUGUCUAUGUUACUAGAUAUCUUCUUGGAGGACUACCAUAACUAUAUUUUCCAAGAUUUUCAUUGAUAAAUUGAUUACUGGUGAACUGGAGGACAAUAUAUCUGCAAAAUACCCAAAAACAGAUAGAAAAUUCAUUCUGACCUUGGUAUAAUUUGGUAUCCUGAGUGUCUGUCUUAGCAAGAAGGAAGUGGAAAAUACUCUUGAAAAGAAAACUAAGACAAUAAGGAAGCCAGAACUUACUUUUCAUGGUGAUUUGCUCACUUAACAGUAUGGACACUUUUCCCACCACAUUUCCUCCUGGUGGAGACAGUGGGCUGACAUAUUCUCAGUCUGAGGUGCAAAAAAUGUUAAUUGAUGAAAGGUUACGAUGUGAACAUCAUAAAACUAACUAUCAGACUCUUAAAGCUGAACACACAAGGUUGCAAGAUGAGUACAUAAAGUCACAAAAUGAACUCAAGCGCCUAUUAAAUGAAAAGCAAACUCACCAGGAAAAAUUUCAGCUGCUGCUUGAAGAGCUACGAGGGGAAUUAGUAGAGAAAACUAAAGACUUAGAAGAAAUGAAACUGCAGGUGUUAACUCCACAAAAGUUGGAACUGUUACGAGCCCAGAUACAACAAGAAUUAGAAACUCCAAUGAGGGAACGUUUUAGGAAUCUGGAUGAAGAAGUGGAAAAGUAUAGAACCGAAUAUAAUAAACUCCGCUAUGAACAUACAUUUCUUAAAUCAGAAUUUGAACACCAGAAAGAAGAAUUUGCACGUCUUCUAGAAGAAGAAAAAAUAAAAUGUGAAUCAGAGAUUGCAGGACUGGAGAAAGAUAAAGAAGAACUACAUAAUCAACUGCUUAGUGUUGAUCCCACAAGAGACAGCAAACGAAUGGAACAACUUGUUCGAGAAAAAGUCCAUUUAUGUCAGAAAGUAAAAGGCUUAGAGGCUGAGGUAGCUGAAUUAAGGGCUGAAAAAGAAAAUUCUGGUGCUCAGGUAGAAAAUGUCCAAAGAAUUCAGGUACGGCAGUUGGCUGAGACACAGGCUACAGUCAGAUCCCUGGAGGCUGAAAAACAGUCAGCUAAACUACAGGCUGAACGCUUGGAAAAAGAGCUACAAUCAAUCAACGAACAAAAUACUGUUUUAAUUAGUAAAUUGCAUAAAGCUGAACGGGAAAUAAAUACAUUGACCAGUAAAGUAAAAGAACUUAAACAUUCAAACAAACUAGAAAUAACAGACAUCAAACUGGAGGCAGCAAGAGCUAAGAGUGAGCUAGAAAGAGAAAGGAAUAAGAUUCAAAGUGAACUGAAUGGGUUACAGUCAGACAACGAAAUUCUCAAGUCAGCUGUUGAACACCACAAAGCACUCCUAGUAGAAAAGGAUCGUGAAUUAAUACGUAAAGUACAAGCUGCCAAGGAAGAAGGUUAUCAAAAACUCGUGAUAUUACAAGAUGAAAAGCUAGAGCUUGAGAACAGAUUAGCGGAUUUAGAAAAAAUGAAAGUGGAACAUGAUGUCUGCAGACAAUCUGAAAAGGAUCAGUGUGAAGAGAAAUUGCGAGCUUCACAGAUGGCAGAAGAGUCGGCCAGAAGGGAACUUCAGAGUAUUAGGUUAAAACUUCAGCAACAAAUUGUGAAUAUUGAAAAUGCAGAGAAAGAAAAAAAUGAAAAUGCUGACCUGAAACAGCAAAUCAGUAGUUUGCAGAUCCAAGUGACCUCACUUGGACAGUCAGAGAAUGAGUUGCUGAAUUCAAACCAAAUACUGAAGGAAAUGGUAGAGAGGUUAAAACAGGAAUGCCGAAAUUUAAGAAGCCAAGCUGAGAAAGCACAACUAGAAGUUGAAAGGACUUUGGAAGAGAAACAGAUACAGUGGUUGGAAGAAAAGCAUAAAUUUCAGGAACGUCUCACUGACAGAGAAGAAAAGUAUAAUCAAGCUAAAGAAAAACUGCAGCGAGCUGCAAUUGCCCAGAAAAAGGCAAGUGGUUCUUAUUAAAGUGAUUUCUAUAGAGUAAAACAUAAUUAACUAUUCUGGGAGAAUAAAAUGUAAUUAAAACUGAGAUUUUAGUGUAUGUUUAAUUUGAUAUUUAAACAUGACAUUUUGCUGUCAACCUUGCAGGGAUAAAUUGGGAAAAUGCAAACUGCUCAACAGGUUUAUUUCUAAAUUUUGUGUUCAAGUCGGUUUUUCAGAGCUGUCAUGCAUUUUCCCACAGUGUUUUUUCAUUGAUAAAGUUUCUAGUCCAGCCCUUAUAAGUCUUAGUUAUUAACUCAUUCUGCACUUAAAUUUACAGGAUGAUUAGGUUUAUUUCAACUGUGCUUAACUAAUACUUGUAACAUUUUUUUUGGCUAAAAUGAUUUUUUAUUUCCAACUCAGGAAUAUAGGAGUGAGUAUCUCCUUGCCCUAGCAGGAAAAACUAGGCUUCCCCCUGACUUCUGUAGUAGCCAUGAUAGUUACCACAGCUGUGAUCUUAUUUUUUUGAAAUGUUUAUUUGUUUAUUU